UGGCCACGAGCUGUGCUACUGCUAUAAACAACCUCAGUGUCCCAAAUUGAAUAACCACAGAGCACUCCCAGGAGCUCUGGACACUCGUGUUCUUUAGUAGUAGGAGCAGCUUAAUGUCGACAGUAUGGGGCAUCAGGUGAUAAUAUUUGACUUUUCUGUCAUAAGAGGACUGUGGGAAACUCGAGUUAAGAAGAACAAAGAACGUCAGAGGAAGGAGAAAGAAAGAUUAGAAAAAAGUGCAUUGGAGAGGAUAAAACAGGAAUGGACUUUGAUACUAGAAUGCCGUAAGAAAGGUAUUCCUCAAUCAAAAUACCUCAAAAAUGGCUUUGUAGACACCAGUGAGAAGAACCUGGACACUUCUGGAAAGAAUCCUCAGCUCAAGAAAAUACAUGCUUUGUCGGAUGAAGUGAAUAAGGAAAGAAACAAGUUUAUUUUCCAACUUUCUGGAGAGCAGUGGACGGAGCUUCCAGAUUCUCUGAAAGAACAGACCUAUCUGAAAGAAUGGCAUGUGAACAAUACAUUGAUACAAACCAUUCCAACCUACAUUGCAUUAUUUCAGGAUCUGAGAGUACUGGAAUUGUCAAAAAAUCAAAUCCACCAUCUCCCAGUGGAGAUUGGCUGCUUAAAAAACCUCAAAGUGCUCAAUGUGAGCUUCAAUAAUUUGAAGUCAGUCCCUCCAGAACUGGGUGAUUGUGAGAAUCUAGAAAAACUGGAUUUGUCUGGAAAUAUGGAAAUAACAGAUCUCCCAUUUGAACUAAGUAACCUGAAACAAGUCACAGUCGUGGAUGUGUCAGCAAACAAGUUCCAUUCUAUUCCAAUUUGUGUGCUCCGGAUGUCUAAUUUGCAGUGCUUGGAUAUCAGCAGCAACAACCUGAAAGAUCUCCCAGAAGACAUAGACAGGUUAGAUCAAUUGGAGACACUUCUCUUGCAGAAAAACAAGCUGACUUAUCUUCCACGAGCUCUUGUCAAUAUGCCAAAGCUCAGUUUGCUGGUUGUCAGUGGUGACGACCUGGUUGAGGUACCCACAGCCAUCUGUGAGUCUACCACAGGCCUAAAAUUCGUAAGUCUCAAGAACAGUCCUGUUGAAACUAUUGUAUGUGAAGACACCGAGGAAAUUAUAGAAACCGAACGUGAACGUGAGCAAGUUGAGAAAGAGUUUAUGAAGGCAUACAUUGAAGACCUAAAGGAAAGGGAGUCUACUCCUUCCUACACUACGAAAGUAUUACUCAGUCUUCAGCUCUGAAGAUCAAAAACCUCUAAAUCACUAGUGGAUAUCUGAAUAAUUCUCUUUUUAUCCACCUGAAUAGUAAACACUGGAAAAUAUAAAUGGCCAGAAUCACAUCAAAAUCAUAAGGAAUUAUUUAUUUAUUACUGUAGUUGUUCCCACUAACUGCAGAUAAAAACAAGGGGCAGUAGAGCCUUUACAAGAUGCUGUUUCACAUUUUGAGUCAACAUAUUUAUUUUCAAGUUCAACAGCAGCAGUCACUAAUUUGCAUCUAGACCUGCUGAAAAUAAAUAUUCACUCUGAUAAAACACAAACUGGCACAGAUGAAAGAUGGAGACAUUCUGUGGUGCAGUUGAAACAGUGAAACAUAAAACAUAAUCUUAUAAAGAGAUUUGAUUUUAUAAGAGGGGAUAGACUAAUUUAGAAAAUGAAUGUGACCUGUUGUUUUUUUUAAGACCAAAUAACACAUUUAGUUAUUUACAAUAUUCAAAUAACCCAUAGUUAUUUGCAUUUACUUUCUGUUCUGCAAGAAAAUUGUCCUUCUUUUUUAAAAAGUUCACUUUUUAAAGUUUCAACAACUUUUUAUGUAGAAGGUUGUAGCAGUUUUCCUGUUUUUUUUUUUUCCCGAGCAUAUUAUAAGAUUUUACCUGUUUGCAAAUUCAAGUACCAAUGUAAU